CGGGGAUCUUCAGCCAGUGAUGUAGACGAGGAUGAUGAUGAAGUUACACAGGGAAGGCUGUGUGGGGAGGAAGAGCAUCGCCUGAUUCUCCUCCACUUCCUCAUCCACUCUGAGUCGUGCCCUCUGAUUGGGUGGCCGGAGCACAAUGUCAUCGACCACACCCACCUCAGCCCCGCCUUCCAAGAAGACGCGUGGGAAGGAGAGGACGGAGGUCAUGGGUGACUUGCCGCAGACGGCCAAUGAGGAGCUGAGGAGCAAGCUGAUGGAUUUCCAGAUAGAACUGCAGCAGGAGAAGGGCAAGGUCUCUAAGCUGAGAGAGCGUCUCCAGGAGCAGAGGCAAGCCAGGGAGCUGGAACAACACAAACACACGGUGGUCCUCACCGACCUCCGUGCCAAACUGCACGAGGAGAAGCUCCGCGAGCUGGCUGCCGGUCGCGAGUCGUUGGCACGGCAACACGAGUUGGAGCUGUCACGUACCAUUAAGAUCCGCGAUGGGGAGGUGCAGCGGCUCCAGGGGCUGGUCCAUGCGCUAAGGGACGGGGCAGCUGACAAACUGAAGAGCGCCCUGCUAGGAGAGGCCCGGGAGGAGGCCAGGAGGGCCUUCGAUGGGGAGAGACUCAAACUGCAGCAGGAGGUCAUGAAGCAGGAGACGGCACGGAAGCAGGUUGAGGAGGCUCUGGCUAACGCACUGCAGGCAGACAAGGCCAAAGCAGCCGACCUCCGAACAGCCUACCAGCAGCACCAGGAUGAGAUCAACCGCAUCAAGAGAGACUGCGAGAGAGACAUCCGAAGGGUGAUGGAUGAGCUGAAGGGGAAGGACCGUGUGGUGUCUGCGUUGGAGAGGGAGCUGGGGGUGCAGGCAGGCUAUGCCCAGAAGCUCCAGCUGCAAAAGGAGGCUCUGGACGAGCAGCUGGGCCAAGUCAGGGAGGCAGAGAGGCACCACGGCAGCCCCAAGAAAGAGGUGGUCCCUACCCUGGGGGAUACCCAGGACUAUAUCAACAACCAGGAGGUGGAAGAUCUUCGGGAUGCGAGAAGGUUCCAGCUGAAGAUAGCUGAGCUCCACUCUGUUACCAGGAAGCUGGAGGACAGGAACGCACUGCUGGCAGACGAGAGGAACGAACUGUUGAAGAGGGUGCGCGAGGCAGAGAGUCAGAUGAAGCCCCUGUUAGAUAAGUAUAAGAGGAUGUCGAAGAAGAACGAUGACCUCCUGCAGACUCUGCAGCGCAUGGAGGAGAAACUCAAGAACCUCAGCAGAGAGAACGCGGAGAUGGUGAGGGAACCAGAAAUAUCCUCCAGGCCUACCUCCCUGACAGACCUAAGCCACGCCCACGAGGAACAGGAAGUGGAGUUCCUCAAGCUGCAGGUUGCCGAGCAACGAGGCAUCAUCGACGAACUCACGCAGGUUAGGGAGACGGACACACAGACAUUCACACUAUUAGAACGUGACAGACUGAUGCUCUGCAAAAAUAACCGAAGAAAAACCCUCAAGCUACCACCUAAAAGGCAUGUUGUGGAGACGUAUUUUGGAUUUGACGAGGAGUCUGUGGACUCUGAAACGUCCUCUCUGACCUCUUACAUCACUGACCUCACAGACCGUACCCCCGCUACACCCGAGGAGGACCUGGAAGACGGUGUAUCUCGUGAAGAGGCAGAACUGAGGUUCAGACAGCUGACCAGAGAGUACCAGGCUCUCCAGCGGGCCUACGCCCUCCUGCAGGAACAGGCUGGGGGGUCGCACGACGCUGAGAGAGAAGCCAGGAACCGUGAGCAGUUGCAGGCGGAUCUAAUAGGCUGCCAGGCAAAGAUUGGCGACCUGGAGAAGGCAUUAGCCGAGAGGGGGCAGGACUCUAAGUGGGUGGAGGAGAAGCAGUACCUCAUCAGGGCCAAUCAGGAACUCCACGACAAGAUGUGUGUAUUACAGCAGGCUGAGUCGAAGCUGCAGGCAGAGGUGCAGGACGCGAGGGACCAGAAUGAGCUGCUGGAAUUCAGAGUGCUAGAGCUGGAAGAGAGGGAACGCAGGUCUCCAGCCAUGGGCUUCCACAUGUCCACCUUCCCAGAGAACACCAACAGCGCUCUGCAGAUAUACUGCCAUCAGGAGGGCAUCAAGGACGUGGUCAUUCCAGAUCUGAUGAAGAAGCUGGAUAUCUUGGGAGAUAAUGGGAACUUGCGUAACGAGGAGCAGGUUGUGGUCAUUCAGGCGGGGACGGUUCUCUCAAUGUGUGAGAAGUGGUUAAAGCAGAUAGACAGCACAGAGGCAGCCCUGACCCAGAAGAUGAUCGACCUGGAGAAUGAGAAGGACCUGUUCAGUAAGCAGAAGGGCUUCCUGGAGGAGGAGCUGGACUACAGGAAGCAGGCCCUGGAUCAGGCCUACAUGAGGAUCGCGGAGCUGGAGGCUACGCUGUAUAACGCUCUGCAGCAGGAGCCCGGGGGGCGUGCGGUGGCAGAGUCUCUGUCCGACAGGCAGAGGGAGGAGCUGGGGCUAGCCGUGGACAAACUGCGGAGGCAGAUACUCAGGCAGAGUCGCCAGUAUGACAGUCAGAUCUUACAGGAGCGCAUGGAGCUCCUACAGCAGGCCCAGCAGAGAAUAAGGCAGUUGGAAGACAUGAUUGAGAUGCAAAAGAGACAAGUAAAGGAAAUAGAAGAAAAGUUUUUGUUCCUCUUUUUGUUUUUCUCUCUAGCUUUUAUUCUUUGGCCUUAA